UUGGUGAGUCACACCAAACUCCAUUUAAACCAAGAAUGAGCGAUGCAUCAAAAGAGUAGUGUAAGCAAAGCUCUCAACGAUGGCUUCCAAAGCUCUGCUAUUUCCAUUGGCUGCUCUUCUGCUAGUUUCUACAAAGGUUUCAUCAUAUGAGCAAGAAGAGAAGCUUGAGAUACCAGUCAAGGCACCUCCAGCCCCGGUUCAGACCCCAGCUCCAGCACCCUCAGCCGAGGUUCUUAGUCCUCCAUAUGAACCACCAGCUCCACCACCAGUCAAGGUUCCUAGUCCUCCAUAUGAACCACCAGUCAUGGCUCCUAGUCUCCCAUAUGAACCAACAGCUCCUACACCACCAACUCAGCCACCCACUCCACCAUAUAUACCUCAAAAUCCUACACCAGCACCUCCAGCCACAACUCCAUCGCCAUACAAGCCACCAAGUCGAACAUUUCCACCAGUUAUAACAAAAAAGGAUUGCAUACCUUUAUGUGGACCAAGAUGCAAAUUACGUUCAAGGACUAAGCUAUGCUUGAGAGCUUGUAUCAGAUGCUGUUACAAAUGCAAAUGUGUUCCACCAGGGACGUACGGAAACCGAGAAAUGUGUGGCAAAUGUUACACAGAACUGAAAACCCGCUAUAACAAGCCCAAGUGCCCUUGAAAACCCAAAUCACACUUCUUGGGGCUUCUUUAUAUGCUUAGCUAAAAAAGUUUUCAGCAAUAAGUUUUUAGAGAAGGGAGAAAAACGAUUAGUUUUAUUGUAAUGCUUUUUAGC